AUGGUUUGGAAAGAAUGCGAAUUGCCUGAAGCAUCGCUGUACGAUUGCCCACUUCCGCUGUUGGGAUGUUUUGGUGGUCCACCCAGUUUUGGCCACCAAGUCGAGGUGGGGCAGGCCGAGACCAUCAUUUGGGAUGAAAGCCGACGCUGCUUUGCUUUCCAUUGGCGAAGCUUGCUUGAUCAAGCAAGUACAGAGACGUAUUUUCACAAACUUCAAACUCUUGCUCCAUGGGACCAGCUGAAGGGAAGGAAGGGUCAGAUCUUGCGAUCUACUUCUUGGUAUGUUCGCGAUGGUUGCACGUGUGACUACACCUAUGGAGAUGCGCGAGUCAGUUCCUCUCAGACCAAGUCAAGGAGUCAAUUUGUGCGAAUCAUGGAAGAGUUGACGGCAACGGUGUUCUCCACGCUGACCCCGAGUCUCGGACCAGAAUGUUGGCCGAACUCUGCCAAUCUAAACUACUAUGCUGAUGGUACGCAAUCAGUAGGAUGGCACGCAGAUGAUGAGACUUUGUUUGGAGGAGAAUCUCAGGACUGCUCCAUAAUCUCUCUCUCCCUUGGUGGUCGCCGCGAAUUCUGGAUUGCCUUGAAAGAUGAGUCUAUGGAACCAAUCCAGGACACGAUUGUUGAGAUGGAUCUUCGAGAUGGAGACGUGCUGAGCAUGGAGGGCCUGAUGCAAAAGCACACAGUGCACUUCCUCACCCGGGAGCCUGUUCAACGUGCAGGAUUGAGCCCUCCACGAAUCAACAUCACCUGGCGAUGGAUUGUGAACCAUCGGCGGGCUUGCGCAUUGCGUCAUUGCCCGGUCACAACUCCAAGUGCCAAAAUCAUUACUUCAGGAGCGAACUCUAAAAUUUGGACCCGGCCGUGGUGGCAGCUCGGUGAAGCUUGGCAUUUGCAAGGAGUGGAGACGCUGCAUGAGCUGCAGACACAAUGGAUGGAAGGGUGGCCGGAAUUGUGUGCAAGUGGAAGGACGCGUCUCAUGGCUUUGCCGUCGUUGUGCCAAAAGCCACUGUUGUGGCCAAAAGCUUGA